AUAAAUUUGGAGGUCGGUGAAGAGAUUUUCUCCUUAUUCUCGUCAUCUCGUGGCUUUGAAAUACCCCGCGGGCCGCGGCCCCGCCCAAAUCCAACCGCCCUACCAACGACCAUCUGCUCUGCUCUCGCCGCUCCUACCCUUCCAAAUCCCCUCCUCGCAACAACCAGGCAGCCAUCUUCCCCAUCAGCAGGCGAUGGAGCUCUUCCCCGACGGUGGCUUCGUGCGGCUGCAGAACCGCGCGAAUAGAAGGUACGUCCACGCCGACGAGGACUGGGUGGGGGUCUCCCUUCGUCCGAACGGGCCCGUCCCAUCCCUGAAUGCGGUCUGGCGGGUGGAGCAUUGGGUCUCCCCGUUGUGGCCGAACGACGGGGACACCUUCGUCCUCCUCCAGAACGCAGCCUACGGCCGCUACCUCUCCUCCUCGAUGGACGAGGCGCCGCACGGCCACCUUGGCCAGCGCGCCACCCAGCACAAUCGCGACGACCCCCAAGUGCUGGACAUCCACCCCCCGUGGAUAUGGAGCGUCGAGAGGCUGCACGCCCCGGACGAUGACUACGUCCGCCUGCGCCAUUACGCCCACAACCUCCGUGCCAACGGCAGGUACAAAAUCUGGAACAUCGGCGUCACCGUCGACUACAACCUGCAAUAUCCCGCUUCCAGUACCAUGAUACAGUGGGCGGUCCACGCCGUCGAAGCGAGCCCGUCACCACAACCUCUUCCGCUUACACUUCAGCAUCAGGGAGCUCGCCGUGGCCUGUUCUUUUGGCGGCGCACCAGGAUACGCGGCCCCGGGAUAGUUCGACAGGCGGGGCGGAGGAUCCGGCAUGUACGGGCAAGCGAUGAAGGGAACUUCGACCAGAACCAGUACAACUGGUCCUCGUUCUUUUUCUACGACAGCUCCUUGGUCAACCUGAGGUACGAGCUGGGGCGACGGCAGGAUGACUGGAACGAGGACAUGCUCGCCUUCACGCUGUGCAUGCGGCCUGGCUCGCAUGGCCGGUUAAUGCCAAUGGUCACCGACCUGCCUGGCAGCUUAGACCCCAUGAGCAUCGUCGUCUUGAGGACCGGAUCACCAGCUGCUGCGGCAUUAGUGUAUCCGGACCAACACCGUAGAUGAGUAGGAGAGCGGAACUUCUGACAAAGUUGAAAUUCAUCUCUUGGGCAACCAAAAGCAUUUAAGAACGCUGCCCCUGAUACUGUGACAUGAGAAUUGGCUCAUAGUUUCUGAAAAUUCUGCUACCCAUCUGUAAUGGUGGAUAGAUUUGAUGUGGUCUACUGACCGGAAUCGUUCUGAAAUAACCAUUCAGUUUCAGAACAUAAAACUGCUGAAAUCGUGAUGCGGAAGUAACGGUGAAUUCUUCUGCAAAGUAACACUGUUUGUAGUUGACUGAUGGAAAUAAUAGAUGUGGCUGAUUUUGCGUGUA